AUGGCUAGCAAGCCGCCUCAACAAUUUGUCCCUAGAACCAUCUACGGCUCUGGACAGCCCAGGCCAGCAGCAUCCGCGUCGUUUCGUCACCCGAGCUUCGACACGGCGUCGACCGGCGAGAGCCCGCGCGUAUUCCGACCCAUGGAGUCGAAGCUAUCGCAGAGGAACCCCGCCUCCCAGCAACACCGCGGCCCGUUCCCGCCGCAGCACGAGGCCUGGGCCCGCAUGAUCGCGGGCUUCUCGCCCAACUACUGCGGCAACAUCAGCCUGUCGCGGAACCGCUCGGCCGACAUACCGGAGCACCAGAACUGCUCCCUCUUCAUCCUCAACCUGCCGGCCGACAUCACGACCCGCGAGCUCCUCGCCAACAUCCGCAACGCCGGCCGCGUCUACGCCACGCACAUCAACGCCCCCGAGCCCGACAAGGGCCACGGCACCUGCGCCGCCAAGGUCAUCUUCUUCGAGCGGCCGGCCGCCGAGCACCUGUUUGACCAGUGCCGCGGCGCCGGCGGGUUCGCCAUGGCCGGGCGGGCGGAGCGCGGGCGUGUCAUCUGGAACCGCAUCCGCACGGCCGAGCAGGGGGGGCCCCGGCACCAGACGCGGGUGCUGCAGAUCGCGGGGCCAGCCGGCGUCGUCAACGAGCCCUUCCUGACGGCCUACUUCCAGUCCAAGCUCGACUUCCAGGUCGACGAGGUCCUCGACGUCGGCGGCGCCGCCGAGCGCAGGGUCGUCGAGUACCGCUUCGGGUCGUUCCGCUGCCAGGCCGAGGCGGCGCGCAUGGCCCUCGCCCGCGAGUGGAGCGAGCACGACGUCAAGGUCUGGUUCGGCCCAGACCCUUGCGACAUUGACUUGCCCCCCGUCGGACAGUUCUCCCUGCCUCCUCCUGGCUCUUCCGAGGGCUCGGCUACUCGUACGGAAAGGCUGGCCCAGAUUGAGGAGGAAUGAUGCAGGAAAGAUGAUGUGGGGAAGAGGGGUGAGAAGGCGUUCGGCAUCUGUCAGUGGUUUUGCAGCGCCCACCUAUGGCUGGGACGGGCAUAGCGAUGGGAAACUCGGAAGGCGUUGAGCUGGCAUUGGGGCCCCUGAUUCGAUUGGAUAUUUGGAUAUUUGGAUAUUUGGACCCGGUAAUUACAUUGUAUGUUGGGCAAAUGGUCCCGGGCUGGCCCACGAGGACAGUCUUUGUUGGAGGAGUUGAGUUUGAUUUAAUUGGGAUUUUCA